GGAGAGAAGGCCCAAUACACGUUGCUGGCCCAGGCCGUGGACCGGGCCUCGAACCGGCCCUGAGCCGCCCUCGAGCCGCCCUCCGAGUUCAUCAUCAAAGUGCAGGACAUCAACGACAACCCACCCGUCUUCCCGCACGGCCCCUACCAUGCCACUGUGCCCGAGAUGAGCAACGUGGGCACAUCCGUGAUCCAGGUGACGGCCCAUGACGCUGACGACCCGAGCUACGGGAACAGUGCCAAGCUGGUGUACAUGGUGCUGGAGGGGCUGCCCUUCUUCUCCGUCGACCCCCAGAGCGGCGUGGUGCGCACUGCGAUCCCCAACAUGGACCGGGAGGUGCAGGCUGAGCUGCUGGUGGUGAUUCAGGCCAAGGACAUGGGGGGCCAUGCCGGGGGGCUGUCGGGGAGCGUCACUGUCACUGUCACCCUGAGCGACGUCAAUGACAAUCCGCCCAAAUUCCCCCAGAGUUCUUACCAAUUCUCGGUGCUGGAGACACUGCCACCUGGCUCUCCCGUGGGGCGGCUCCGGGCCCACGACCCGGACGAGGGGGACAACGCGCGGCUGAGCUACCGGCUGCUGGACGGGGAUGGGCCCUUCGCCAUCAGCACUGACCCGCUGGGCCGGGACGGCAUCCUCACCAUCAGCCAGCCGCUGGACUUUGAGCGGCGCCAGGUGUACGCCCUGCGGGUGGAGGCAGCCAACACGCGGGUCGACCCGCUGUACAUCCGUCAGGGGCCCUUCAAGGACGUGGCCACCGUGCACGUGGCCGUGGAGGAUGCGGCCGAGCCCCCGGCCUUCGCCCGGCCCAGCUACCAGCUGGGUGUCCCCGAGAACAGCCCCCCCGGCACCGUGGUGGGGAAGAUCACAGCCUCCGACCUGGACACACCCAGCAGCACCAUCCGAUACUCCAUCCUGCCCCACUCGGACCCCGGGCGGUAUUUCAGCAUCAGCCCCCAGGACGGGACCCUCCGCACGGCCCUGCCCCUCGACAGGGAGACGCUGGCCUGGCACAACCUGACCGUGGUGGCCACCGAACUAGACAGCCCGGCGCAGGCUGCGCCCGUCCCCGUGAUUGUCCACGCCCUGGACGUGAACGACAACGUGCCUGAGCUGGCGCCGGGGACCGAGCCCUUCGUCUGCCACGGCACCGCGCCCGGCCAGCUGAUCCAGACCCUCUGGGCCCUGGACCGGGACGAGGGGGGGGCCGGGAGCCGAUUGACGAUUCGCUCCCCCCCAGGGCUGGGACCCUCUGACAUCACUGUGCGGGACAACGAGGAUGGCUCGGCCGCUCUCCUGCUCCGGACCCCGCGGCUGCCCCCCCCGGGUGGACCCCCCCUGCUGGUGCCCCUGGAGCUGGUGGAUGGGGGACGCCCCCCCCUGACCGGCACCCCCACCCUGACACUAAGCGUCUGCCAGUGCCGGCCCGACGGCGCCCUGCGCUCCUGCCAGCCCCCCCCUGCCACCGGCGCCCCCCCGGGGCUCAGCACCGCCGCCCUGUUGGCCAUCCUGGGCUGCGGCGCCAGCCUGCUCGCGCUGGCAGGGCUCCUAGCCCGGGGGCGCCCCAAGGGGGGGGCGCGGAUGACGCCGGCGGAGGAGGGCGAGGUGCGUGAGAACAUCAUCAGCUACGACGACGAGGGGGGGGGCGAGGCCGACACCCAGGCCUUCGACAUGGCCGCCCUGCAGCGUCCGCCCCCCCCGGACUCCCCUCUGGCCCCCCCCCGCCUGGCUGCCUGCCUCACCGCCCGCCUGGGCCGGGCCGAUGCCGACCCCCGGGCCCCCCCCUACGACUCGCUGCAGGUCUAUGGCUACGAGGGCGGGGGGACACCCUGCGGCAGCCUCAGCCCCCUGGGCUCCUCCUGGGGGGACAGCGAGGGGGAGGGGGGCGACCCUGGUGAGUGGGGGCCCCUCUUUCGCACCUUGGCCGAGCUCUAUGGGGGCCAAGAGGGGCCCGCCUGA